AUGUCUGGUAAAUUUGUGAAGAUAAAGUAUAUUGAUACUGGAUAUUCCAUUGUGGUCACUUGCUCCUUUCUUCGAUCUGUUAUGGGACCUCUCAUUACACAAUUGAAUGAGAACCUUGCAGAAAUACAGGAACCACUGGAAGAGGAGGUACAAGAGAUAAAGGAACAACCUCAUGAUACAAAGGAAUGGAACGCUACAAUACAACUGAUGAUAACAACACAGUUCUAUAGUAAUGCUGACAUUGCUAUUUUUGUGUUCAGUAUUGAUGAUCGUGAUUCAUUCUUCAACAUUGAGCAGGUUUGGAGAAAAGAAGUUUUAGCACAUAGUGUAAAAGAGGUGAUGAUAAUUCUCAUCGGUAACAAGGAUAAUCUCAAUGAAAAAAGAAUCAAUUCUAAAUCAAUAAGCAAGGAGUAUGCUUAG